AUGUCUUCUAAUGCAGGGCCUGGCCUUGUCAGAGGGAUCUGGGCGGCGAUGGGCAUCGCCGUCGUCAUUGUUCUUUUGCGAGCGAUAUCCAAGUAUAAAAUCCGCAACUUCGGAAUAGACGAUAUAUUGAUGUUUGUAGCAUUGGGCCUCGCUAUCUCAUCGACAUCCUUCCUCACUAUCUCAGUCCACAAUGGCUUUGGCAAGAACUUAUCAACUCUACAGUCCGAGCCUUUGAAGAACGUCUUGAGAUGCAUUGCCAUUCAAGUGCCGCUUCUAACCAUCAGCACUGCCAUCGCCCGAUUAUCAUUCUCGCUGUACUUGCUCAGGAUUCUUAGCAUUAAUACAGUUUAUCGCAUCGCCUUAUGGACUAGCAUGUUGCUACAACUUUCAUCCAACAUUGUCUCAGCUGUGCUGCCGCUCAGUAUAUGCCGAAAUGUCAGAAUUCUCUGGGACCCUAGCGUCCAUACAACCUGUGGAAAUGUCAGCGAUGUCGUCAAAUUCUCGUAUUUCUCAUCCUCCUUGAAUACAGCCACUGAUUUCUUUCUGGUCGUCUUUCCGGCUACUGUUUUCUGGAAUUUGAAUUUGAAGUUGAAGGUCAAAAUCAGUUUGAUUUUCCUUCUCAGCUUGGGAUUACUGGCUAUGGUUGCCUCGAUUAUCAAAACAACUGCGCUCGAAGACGUUCCCAGCGUGACAAAUGUGGGAGCUACCGGCGGUAUCCUCCUGAUACGCUGGGCGUACGCAGAAAAUGCGAUCAUCAUCAUCACGUCCUCGGUGCCAGCCAUCUGGCCGUUGGUCAUGUCAUCUGUUCGCAAAAUCUCAAGCGUCGCCAAGUCACAAUCGUACGAACUCACUGGGCCGUUCCCGGGCACUAAUAAUAACAAGACUAAUACGCUACAAAACACCGUAACCGGUGGUUCUCGACGCUUCGGCGAAAGAUCUGUGACUGAUAGCGAUCGGAUAGGAGAUGCAGACAGUCUGGAGAGGAUCCUGGGAAGCGAAGAGCACUUAGGGAUUAGGAAACAAGUAGAGGUCUCUGUUCUGAGGUCGGACAAUACAGCGUAG